UUAUUGAGCUAUGAUGCUUUCUGGAAAAUAGGGUUUUGGUUGUUGGCGGGCAAGAGUCAAGAUCUCACUGCCAUCCUUUCGGUAAGUUCGCAGCCCGCUCGCCUCGUGGCUGCGCGAACUCACUGUUUUGGUACUAUGUAGGAUCUCUGAGUUCUCUAUUGACUUGGUCACCUACGAAUGUGAAUCUGUGCUGUGUCGACUAGGUUUAGAUAACAGAAAGGCAACACCAAGAAUGGAACCAGUUACCUGCAUUUGUAAGCUGGACAUCACAAAAUGCAAGCAGCAUUGUCUUCCUCUGCAAUACUAACAACCACUCGUUCUGUUUUGGUUUUUUUCCAUUUUUCUCCCCAGAGCAACACCUCUGAUUGUCAAAACCACCAUAGCCCAAUUAUAGAAAAGAAACCCCUCAAAUGGUUAAGGAGGGAAACGGAGAAAGGUCGGCGAUUCAUUCCCAAAAGUUUAGGACUCUGAAUAGGAAUUCCUGAAACAACGAUAGAGGGUUGACCCACCAUGCCGAGCAAGCUGAAGAAGGCGAUCGGGGCCGUGAAGGAUCAUACGAGCAUAAGCCUUGCCAAGGUCGGCAACACCAAUGCGACGACCCUCGAAGUCGCCCUCCUCAAGGCCACCUCGCACGACGAGGUCCCCAUGGAAGAGCGCUACGUGGACGAGAUCCUCCAGCUCGUCGCCUCGAACAAGGUCUAUGCGGCCACCUGCGCGCAGCUGCUCGCCAAGCGCAUCGGCAAGACCCGGAACUGGAUCGUGGCGCUCAAGUGCCUAAUGCUCGUCCUCCGGAUCUUCCAGGACGGCGACCCCUACUUCCCUAGGGAGGUGCUCCACACGAUGAAGCGCGGUGGAAAGAUCCUCAACCUCUCGAGCUUCCGAGACCACUCGAAGUCGAGCCCGUGGGACUACACCUCCUACGUCCGGAUAUUCGCGCUCUACCUCGAUGAGCGAUUAGAUUGCUUCCUCAUGGGGAAGCUGCAACGGCAGGUGGCGAACCGGAGGAGGGAAAACGAGCGGCUCGUGAACCGGAGGGCAACCGAGCCGAUCAUUAGGAGUAUGAAGCCUGGAAUGCUGCUUGACAGGAUCUCCCAUUGGCAGAGACUGCUUGAGAGGGCCAUUGCCACAAGGCCAACAGGCUCGGCCAAGGGCAACAAUUUGGUUCAGAUCUCACUCCAUGCCAUUGUUCAGGAGAGCUUUGAUCUGUACAGAGACAUAUCCGAUGGCCUUGCACUGCUCUUGGACAGCUUCUUUCAAUUGCAAUACCAGACUUGUGUCAAUGCCUUCCAAACAAGCAUCAAGGCCUCGAAGCAAUUCGAAGAACUAUCAUCUUAUUACAUUUUGUGCAAGACCUUGGGGGUCGGUCGAACAUCCGAAUACCCGAGCGUGCAGAAGAUAUCCGAUGAGCUCAUCGAGACAUUGCGGGAGUUCUUGAAGGACCAGGACUCGUUCCCGGCCAGUGGGAGGAUGUCAUCUCCGCAGAUGCUCCUCCCUGCGAUGCCAGGCAAGCACAUGGAGGGAUUUUCCGAGAAGAGUUCCGAGUUCAGCUCGCAGUGCAUGUCUCUGGAGGACAUGAUGAGCAUGACAGAUUCAGGGACUAGUCCGUCGAUCACAUUCGAGCAAGAAAUUCAGAUUGAACAAUUUGAGAAGCAACCGGCUCAAGAGGACAGCGUGAACGCCAACACAAAUAUGCUUUCAUCAUCAUCAGAUCCUCAAGAAACAAGUGCAACAACAAUUUUUGUUUCUUUCGAUGACUGGCCAACACAAGAAGUACCGCAUCAAGAGCAAGCACAACACAUUUCAGGAGCACAUCUGAAAAAUGGUUCAAGAGAUUUCUGGGAGCUAGAAUUGGCUAUGAUGGCGGGACAAGUGCGACCAAAUGUGAAUGCUAAAAUUCCGAAUGAUUCUGGACUGGCCUCCACCACUGUGAUUGAUCCUUUCGGCGAUGCCCCAGUUCUUAGUUCUCAAAAUAAUCCAUUUCUGCAGGACACAGAUGCAUUAAGCGUCAUGGUGCCGCCAUCCACCGCAGCCUCCGUCAUGCCUUUCCAUUCCAGCACUGAUCUGUUCACGGUUGCUCCCACCUUCCAGGCUACACCAAAACCGACAUUCGGCACACUUAGUCCAAAUGCGAAUGCAGUUACAGCGCAAGUCGAGAACGAUCCAUUCGCAUCAAGCUUCGAAGCUGCUGCCGGUGGACAGAGGUCUGAUGGAUCCACUAAUCACGAAAACUUGCAGUACGAGCAACAGUUGUGGUUGCAGUCCCAGAACAAGAUCAUAGCAAAACAUAUGACUUAAAGGUGUAUGACGCCAGCAAGUUUGUGUAAAUAAUCACAGGACAAUACUUAGUUCACCUUAGUUGUGGUCAAACCGAUUAUGAUUUUUCCCUUCUCAAUGAUUGGUCAUUCGAAGAACACACAACCGUAUGCUGAGCAACCAAAACAAUUAACAGCGAUCUGUGGAGGCCGUUUGAACUCUCACACACUGUUUGCUUUUGGUCAUUUGCCAAAAAUCGCAAUAGAUCAGAAUAGACGCCGGUGUUUGAAUCCGGGAUUUCCUGUAUUACGCCAUGCCAUUUGUUUGACAAAUCACUGGAUACGCGAGAAGUUAAUUACAUCUCAACUAGCGUUUGGUUAUCAUCAUAAGAUAUA